GUCUAUAGCGGCCGUCUGCUAUGACCGUCGCCCCGGUGGAGUUUCCCGAUUCCGGCUACUGGGAAACGGGGACAUGUUCGGCUGGGAUGUGUGGCAUCACGCUUCCUCCCGGGGGGCAGGGGGCACCAUGCUCUGCCAUGCUCUGCCAUGCUAUGCCAUGCUAUCAUCCCAUGCUGUGCCAUGCCAGACCAGCAUAAUUGCCAACUUAUUACGGAGGUACUCCGUACUCCGUACAGCACAGGAAAACUGUGUGCGGCCGCAGCUGCAACACUCCCACCACGCCCAUGCCCACCCUCCAGCGCGAAAUCACUCCCCGAGGCUCCAUCUCCAUCUCCAUCUUCACUCCUCCUCCAUCACACUCCUCCUCCAUCUCACUCCUCCUCCACAGGCUGCCCGUGUUGAGACAAGCGUUGCCGAGCAGGCCCAACUAAAUUUACGACCAUGGCCAUAUUUGUGAUCCUGAGCGAUAUUGGCGCAUUAAAAUACGCACCACGUUCUCCGGCUCUUGCCCUGCCAGGCAGGAGUUCGGAGCGCGGUGCGUGAUCUUGCACCGAUGCAUCAUGGGUGGUUCAUGGAUUUGGCCCACUUCCGG